CCGGGCCCAACCGAGGCGGGUGCUCAGGGAGAGCUGCGGGAGCCGGCCCAGCCGCCAGCCGGCAUGGGGGCCGGGGCGCUGGCCAUACGCCAAAGCAAAUCGGCUGUGAGAUUGAAGGAGGACAUGAAAAAGAUAGCCGCAUUUCCACUGAACAAGCAGAAGGACACAAACUGUCCCAAGGUGUUUGGAGUGAGUCUUCUGGAGCUCCAGCAGCAGGGGCUGAGCAAGAAUGGCAUUCCAAUAGUUGUGUGAAAUAUAGUCGAGUACCUCACUCAGCAUGGUAUGACGCAGGAAGGCCUCUUCAGGGUAAAUGGCAGCAUGAAAAUGGUAGAACAGUUGCGUCUGCAAUACGAGCGUGGAGAAGAGGUGGAACUUGUUAAAGAUGGUGAUGUGUACUCAGCAGCCAGUCUGUUGAAAUUAUUUUUGAGAGAAUUGCCAGAUGGGAUUAUCACCUCUGCCUUACAUCCCAGGUUCAUUCAGCUUUACCAGGAUGCUAGAAAUGACAUGCAGAAGGAAAGUAAUUUGAAAGAACUCCUUAAAGAACUACCUGAUGCUCAUUACUGCCUGUUGAAGUAUCUGUGCCAGUUCCUGAUAAAGGUUGCUGAACAUCAUGUAGAGAACAGGAUGAACCUUUGCAAUCUUGCCACUGUAUUUGGACCAAACUGCUUUCACGUGCCCUCUGGAUUUGAAGGCAUAAAAGAACAGGAGAUCUGCAACAAGAUAAUGACAAAAAUGCUGGAAAAUUACAAUACCUUAUUUGAAUUGGAUGGUUUGAAGAAGGAUGAAGAGAAGCCUGUACGUGAAGAGUUAGCAAGAAUUAUUUUGGUAAAAAUGACAAAGACCACAAUGGAAGGAUCCGGCCAAACAUUCCUGGUGCCACAACCAGGCCUAUCGGAUGGAAUACCUCAGGUCAGCCUCCGACUGACAGAUGGUGGUUCAUGUUGGAAGGAGAUGGAUUUAACAGAUGACAUUUCCUUCAUUAAUAGUGAUGUGUUUUUCUCCAGCUCCCAGGAAGAUGAGAGGCCUAUGUCACCCUUCUACGUGAGUGCCCACGUAUCACAAGUCAGUAGUAACAUUCCUGCUACAGGAGAGUAUUUAGAGAAGACAAUCCGCUCAGCCGUGGAGCAGCAUCUCUUUGAUGUUCAUGGCUCAGGCGGCCAGAGUUCAGAGGACUCUGAAUCGGGAACAUCUUCAGCCUCUUCUAAUGUGUCUGCCAGGCAGAGGAGGCGACACCACAAAGAGCAGGAGGAAGCCCGGAGAAACAGAGACAUGGAAGUCAUCAACAAAGAAAACAUUCCCUCUGGAUUCAGCAGUCUUGAAGACUGUAUUCUAGCUGCUCAAGAAGUAGAAAAAUUACAAGACAACAGUUCUGGAUAUCUUAGUGAAAGGAAUAAACCAAAACGGCAGAAAUCCAGCACCAAGCUCUCGGAGCUUAAUGACAACCAGGACAGCCCUGUGAGUAUGGAAAGCUUUAGCUCAUCCAGGCCUCUAGACAGAACAGGACCUGAUGACAUGGAAAUUUUAUCUGAAGAAAGCAAAGAAAGUGAAAACGAUGAGGUUUUUUUCAGGCACUCUCAGCUGACUUCAAGUAUGAAGAUUCAAGAGCAUCCAGGCAUUCCUGAAAACAAGUUGCAAAGAAAUCAAGAUGCUGAUGAACAGGAAAACAGCUUUGUAUCAGAAGUGCCUCAACUGGAUUUGACAGCACUAUGUGAUGACAACAACUGGGAAGAGCCCAUCCCUGCUCUUUCCUCAUGGCAGCGAGACGGCUUAGACUCAGAUGAGGCUCGCCUUUCCCCUCAGGCUGGUCGCUUAAUUCGCCAGCUUCUGGAUGAGGACAGUGAUCCUAUGCUGUCCCCUCGCUUCUAUGCCUAUGGACAGAGCCAGCAGUACCUGGAUGAUACAGAAGUGCCUCCUUCCCCUCCCAAUUCUCAUUCCUUCAUGAGGAGACGAAGUUCGUCUUUGGGAUCUUAUGAAGAUGACAGAGAGGACCUUACCCCUGCACAACUCACCCGGAGGAUUCAGGGAUUGAAGAAAAAGAUCAGGAGGUUUGAGGAAAAAUUUGAAGAGGAGAGGAAAUACAGACCUUCCCACAGCGACAAAGCAGCCAACCCUGAAGUGCUCAAAUGGACAAAUGAUUUGGCCAAAUUCCGAAAGCAACUGAAAGAGUCAAAACUGAAGAUAUCAGAGGAGGACCUUGGCCCUGUUGUGCGUCAGCGAAGCAACACACUCCCCAAGAGCUUCGGCUCUCAGCUUGAAAAGGAGGAUGACAAGAAGCAAGACCUGUCAGAUAAGUCUGCCAAGCCUGCUGUGGAAGCAACCCUUGAUUCUAUCCAGAAGAAGCUUCAAGAAAAACGAACAGAGACAAACCGACCUGAAGAUAUUAAGGACAUGACAAGAGAUCAGAUAGCAGCUGAAAAAGUGGCUCUACAAAAAGCUUUGCUGUAUUAUGAAAGCAUUCAUGGCAGACCGGUUACCAAAAAUGAAAGACAGGUGAUGAAGCCAUUGUAUGACAGGUAUCGCUUGGUCAAGCAGAUCCUCUCCAGAGCCAACACCAUCCCUAUCAUCGGUUCCCCCUCCAGCAAGCGGAGAAGCCCUUUGCUGCAGCCAAUUAUCGAGGGCGAAACAGCUUCCUUCUUCAAGGAGAUAAAGGAGGAAGAGGAGGGGUCUGAGGAGGACAGCAAUGUGAAGCCAGAUUUAACAAUUACCAUGAAAACAGAUUUCAACGUGCGUAGCUUCUUGGAUCAACUAGAAGAUGAUGCUGACGGCUUUGUUUCACCAGUGGAUGAUAAGAUGCCAUCUAGGAGCAAUCAGGAUAUGGGGCUUUCAAAUCUUCAUGAAGCAUCCAUCCCUGAACUGUUAGAGCAGCUCCAAGAAGUCAGGGAAGAGAAAAAGCGGAUCAGAAAAAAAUUGAGAGACUUUGAAGAUAAUUUUUUCCGACAGAAUGGAAGGAAUGUGCAGAAAGAAGACCGCACUCCAAUGGCUGAAGAAUACAACGAAUACAAGCAGAUUAAGGCCAAACUGAGGCUGCUGGAGGUCCUGAUCAGUAAAAGAGAUAUUAGCUCCAAGAUCAUGUAAAGGAAAAGAUUAUUUUUGCCAGUAAACAAAGAGGACAGAGCACCAAAUGGACAUAUAUGUAAAGUGGAUGCAGUGGGAGCCUGGCUGGGAAGAGCGGAGGAGCUCCCUGGGAACUGAUGGUCCAUUCCCAGAGGUGGGAGGAUGAGGAAGGGUGGCUUUCUCUACACUUGCUGUUGCCCACUCUUUCUCCAGGCCUGAUGCCCAGAAUGGAGUUUGCCAGUGUAGGAGACAUGAUGCUGCACUGAAGGGAUCCUUCUGUUUUGAUUUGCUUUCAGAUCCUGUAAUAUUUAGAGUAUCAAAGCCAGCCAUGCUAUUUUUUUUCCCCCAGGAUAUCAUAGCAAGAGGCACAGUAGGAUGAAUAGUGAUUAAAUCAUCAAAUAGCUUCUACUUUCUUUUAAGAGACAAGUGCCCUGACUGAUCUGAUGUGAAGGCACAGGCCGGAUAGUGCCAAGACUGUUCUCUUGUAGCUACAGUAAAGAUUUGCUCAGACUUUUGACCUGACUGCUUGGAGUCCAGCAUUUUCUGUUGCUCUAGAGAAAUGAUGCAAGAAUCUCUCAGUCAUCACCCCGAGCUGGUAUGACUCACAGUUUUGUCCAGGCUUGACUUAGGUUUUCUUGAUGGCCAAUUCAGCUGAAGUAGAAGAAAGUACCUACAUCUGCUCUGGAUAGCAAAGAAAAUGAGCUAUGCAGCAAGGUUCUUGCUGGCUUGUUCUGCUUGGAAGGUGAUACUGUAACAUUAUGACCAUGUUCGGGCAAAUUGGGAAGAAAAAAGGUUUUAAAUCUUUUAAGUCAGAAUCCCUUAGGAUUUUGGUAGCUGAUCAGUUAAAUAACUGAUGUCAAGUAUCUGGAAGACUCACCUAAUUAGGACAUGUGCUUUAUCAUGUGGUACAAACAGAAGAGUCUAAGCUGGACAGUACAUGUGGAUGUCAUACAUACUUGCUAGCAUAGAUUUUAUUCUUUUAUGUACACCAUCAGACUCUAGGCUGCAGCAAUGACACUGUUACGGUGGCAGCAGGGGGUGAUCUUCUCUUCUCGGUGUGUAUAGGUGGGAUACCAGCGCAGAGCAUACUGGUGGGAACUGACAGCCUAGAGCCAUGCUCUGCCUGUGGAAAGGGCCCAUGUCUCAGGUGUAGGUUUUGACAAUGCAAUGUUUUCAAAUUCACUUAUGAAUGAAAUAAAGAAUCAUAGAAUGGUUUGGGUUGGAAAGGACCUCAAAGAUCAUGUAGCCUGCACCGCUGCCAUGGGCAGGGAAGCCUUCCACUAGACCAUGUUGCUCCACGCCCCGUCCAGCCUGGCCGUGAACACUGCCAGGGAUGGGGCAGCUACAGCUUCUCUGACUUUCAGAACAGAAAGUCCUGGACACCUGGUUCCUGUCAAACAGAUGCUGCCUGAAGAAGUGCAAGAUGGCAAGGUCAGGGAUGCACCAAGUAGCUGAGGGCACACAGUUCUGCAGUGCCAGGCCAUUUGGGCUUGCUUCUCACUCCAGAGGCUUGUCUGCAUCCUCUCAGUCUGCCCUGAGCCAGGGCUUGACCCUGAUGUCCCAGAGAAAGCAUUUCUGUAAUGCUUUUUCUUUGGCAUUGACACCCUGGGGAGCUAAUGUGCAGAAGCCAAAUGGCUGAGAUCAAAUACAGUGCCAGUCAUCAUAGCCAGGCCUGAUGCAAGUCAUACUGGAAGAGGCAAGAAGACUCCCAGAACAACUUUCCUCCUUCCUUCUUUACAUGUGCAAGUGGACUAAUAAAUACAUGUGUUUGGGCUGUGGUACUCAGACUCGCCUGUUCCACUUGCUGUAUGUGCUGUGUUAAUUCCUUGCCAGAACUGGUGCUGUUUUAGUCUCUUCAGAAUCCCAUAAACCCUUCAAAAGGCAGCCUUCUCCAAGUGGGUUUGCACAUGCCCAUUACUAGUCUGGAUGGGUAAAGCAAUGAUGUGUGUUAACUAUGAAUGAAAGCACUUAGGAAGGGGGCUCCCAGGUUGUUUGCUUGGUUUUAAUUUAUUUUACUGAUUGCAGAGUUGCCUGUUCUAUACAAAAUCUGUGAAGGCUGAACUUCAUAUUUCCAAAGGGUCCCGAGGACUUGUGAGCUGACCUAGGGCCUGGCUUUCCAGAGGUAGAGUUCCCAUCACCUGAGAGACGUGGGACUCUGCCUCUGCAACACUGAGCCUUUGGAUGCAUUAACUGGGCUGACACAUGGGUGCAAAAGCUGCAUUUGGAGAUGUUUCACUGGAAGGGAAGCCUGACCAGGGUAAACCCCUGUCGGAACACAGGGCAGCCCAGGAAGUCAGAGCCGUGCCUUUGUACUUCAGCCUGCUCCUACGGACUCUUCCUCUCAGAGACCAUAGUCGGCUCUCCCUAGAUACCUUAGAUAUUUUGGCUCAGUUUUGUAUUGUUCAGGCACAGUUCAACAAAGCAAAAACAUGGGUGGUGAGUGUGUGCCUCAAGCUUGUCUUCUUUUGAGACUUCGCUGAAUGAUGAUGGACUAAAGCUUGAAUCUGGGCCUGGACAUCUUUAUAUGGACAAGAGAAGCAGUUUCUGCCCUUUUUCGUAGCCGUACAUCUUUCCAGCAGGCCAAGGUUUCCCAGGAAUAUGUUUUCUCUGCUUACUUUUUAAAGCCUGUUUGCACUGUGUACUGAUAAAUUACCUGUUUUGCUGGGUUUUACCCCUGACAAAUCUUGAUAAAUGAAUAUGUAGGGAACAUCCAUUUUAUUUUUAAACUGAUGAGAUUGUAGCAUUUUCUGAUGCUCAGUUACCGCUGUUUACAUGGUCUAUUGCUAGAGUUUCAGAUAGUUUGUAUGAAAUGUAAGUACAAUUAAUGCACUUUAGAGAGUUUCUAUUUUUGAACUUUGAAAGCUAAAAGAAACAAAACCUUAACUGAGAUUGUACAUUAACACAAACAAACAAAACUCCGUACCUAGCCAUCUGUCUUUUUAAACUGUUCUUUCCCUAUGGCAAAGAGGAAUUAAACCCAUCUGCCUGAUUGCGAAGGGAGCUGCUAGGAAAGACUGUUGUGGAGAAGAAUUGAGUUUUAAACUCAGAGUCCUGGAAGGACACGUACAAAUGCUCAAUGUUCUGUCCUGAGUCUGCAGAUGAUGUGACUCCCCUCUCUCUCCCAGGCCUGCACAGGAGGAGGGCUCUGAGGCCUGAGCACUAGAAUGUUGUCUUUGUAUCUCCCCCAGAUGGUUUGACUCCCCACUAACCACAAAUAGCCAGAGAGGAUGUUUGCCCUGCCACACGCCUCUAAGUCAACAUCUGUGUGUUUUGUUUGAUGGUUUGUCUAUGCCAACAUCAGUGACUAUUGACUGGAGGACAUUAAAUACAAGACUGUGUGUUUGAAAAGGUGUGAAGCACUGUACAAAAAUGUACUUUAUGUGAUAUAAAUAAGCUGUUGAGUGUAAGACAACCUGUUUCCAUGUCGUUAGAACAGACUGUCUCCUGUAGGACAGCAGUAUGAUCUGUUGGGCUUCCCAUCCACUGGGGCCAUUUCAGACACGUGUGUCUGUGUGUUACCACAUUGUGGCACAGUAAAUUGCUGCGGUUCAGUUAAAUGAUGGUAAUGAUGAAUGGGUUGUUGACAAAAUGAAGUUGCAAGAAUUAAAGAUAGAGGAAAAACUUGUUAUUCUUACAAGUUGCAUUUGGUUUUAUUCUGUUUACUCCCAAGUAAACAGUCAAAUAAUGGAUGUUUAUGUUCAAGGCAAUGAAAUUAAAGCAUCUUAUCUUUUAAUCAUG